AUGCAUUCCUUCUCUGCCGUCGAGGGCUAUCGCUCCAUCCCGACAAUCCCCGCAUUCUUUUACGCCCUCCUUUCCGGCGACCGCCUCGAGGAAAAGCGCAGACCGAACGAUGGGGCGGAGUGCCGGUAUGCCUCGGACGAGAUCACAGACACGGCGACGAUCGGGAGUUUAGACUAUACGACUCUACCACCGGAAGGGAAGACGUGGAACGAGCAGAGGCUGGCCCAGGCAGCGACCGAAGUCCUGUUCGGCGACCCCGGUAGACGCCAUAUCAACGGCAUCACCAUCUCGGGCAGCAACCUCCAAUUCUUCAGCUUUUCGCGCUCCCAUGUCCAGUGCUCGACCGGCUUCGACUUCCACAAGGUGCCUCCCGUUGUCGGAGACUGCCGUCCGCGACUGACCGACCUUCAGGCCCUCGGCUAUGACCUCUCGGUUCAACGCAUCCCUUCCAAGUCAGACAACGGCACGGACAGGGCCAAAUGCGACUUCCGUUAUUGGAUCGAGGGCCGCGCGUUCCUCACGGAGGGCGAUCCCAUCUCGCACGAAAGCGCAUACAACGUCUCGUCCCGCGCGACUCGGGUCUGGAAAGUAAAGGAGGUAAAACUCACACCCGAGGGACGGGUGCCCGAGUUCUUGGAGUUCCUCGACGGCGAGAAGGUGCUGAAGGACGUCUGGCUGUACGAGGAUGCCAGCUUGGAGCACGAUAUCCAGGGGGCGAUCUUCCAGAAGCUGGACGACAGCGCCCAGCAGCAUUUCCUCAAGAUCCUCGUCGACGGUGUCGUCCAGCUAAGCGACGGGGAGUCGGACAUUACUGCCAUGUGCCCAAACGAGAAGACGGAGUGGACCCAAAUCUACUAUGUACCGUCCAUGAAAGUCCGACAAAACGUGAUCGCUAGCCAGAAACCCGCACGGCGCGAGCGCAACGCGUUCCCACGUAUGCUGAAAAGCCGCCGCCGCAAGCACGUCCGAACUGUUUUCGAAGGGCGCUGUGAGAGCGUGUAUGAGCUGAGGGACUUCUCUAGCUUCCUCCGAUGCGUCGCCGGUUGCGCGAAGGCCCUGGACUUGAUGCGCGAGGCCGGCUACGUCCAUCGCGACGUCAGCGCUGGCAACUGUCUCUAUGAUCCGGUUGCGAAAGUUGGCAGGUUGGCAGACCUGGAGUACGCAAGGCCAUACGAGGACAUUCCAGCUUCUGAACCCAAAGUUGGUACUCCCGAUUUCAUGGCCGUCGAAUACCAAGCCGAGUUGUGGUUAUUCCGCGAUCGGGAUUGCUUUCAUCAGGCCGCUUCAACCCCUCGUGUUCUCAGCACCUCUACUGAUAUACUCACCAACGACAAUCCUGCAGGCGGCAUCACCACUGACGGCGCGCCCGGCCAAUCUCAGGAUGCAUUCCAACCCUGGACACGUCCCGUGUUCAUCGUACACUUUCUCCACGACCUCGAGUCGCUCUACUGGGUCUACGUCUGGUUCCUCCACUUCCGCAUCCCUCACCAGUCGAGCAUCAAACUGCAGGAAAUGACCUUUAACAUCAAGAAUAUCCACGACAACAUCGACCGGAGCUCGAGGGAAUACUUUUUCUACGGCAUGGACGGAGCUGUCUCGCGAACGCUCCUCAUCACCCAGCCCGCGGAUAGUAUCUUCGGGUUACUGCGCUUGUUUGGCCCGCUUUACACAUCCUGCCCUCUCCUCCUCAAACCCAUCGUUGCGUUCUGCGCCGAUCUGCGCGGCGCGUACACGAAUCUCCAGCGGGAAGACCUGGAGGAAUCUCGUGACGCGACCCCGCGCCUUCCCGUCUCGACCAUGGUUACUAACGAGCUCUACACGCUGUUCGGCGGCCUCAUAGACAAAGCCCUCGCUUCCUUGGGCGACGAGCCUCUGCCCGUCAAGAUGUUGGAUGAGCUGCUUGAUCCCCUCUCCCCGGCCACGAUGACGAACGCGGCGGAGGCAGACGACGACGACCGGGGGACCGAGCUCGAGCAGCGGCCGCGCAAGAAGCCGAAGAUACUCAACAACGGUCCUGCGACUGGGAGCAAGAGGGGAGGGUGA